CGCCUUGCCCGGGCUGGCAUUGCAGGACUCGAGCGCUCUCCUGCGCCGUUCCAGAGCCGAUACCGUCCGCUUCGAGCGCUUUGCUGAGCUGUGGAGAGAGCGCCGCUUCCACACCAUCUUCCAUGGUAGAAUGAGAGCUCUGGAGAGGAAUAAGAUCACAAAGAAGACCUUGGAGCUGGCACAGCAGUAUUUCUUGCCGCCGUAUGCCUUCCAGAUCCGAGUUGGUGCUCUGUAUCUUCUGUAUGGGCUCUACAACACACAGCUCUGCCAGCCAAAAAUAAAGAUCAGAAUUGCACUCAAGGAUUGGCCUGAAGUCCAGAGCUUUCAACGGGAUCUGAUAGAUUCUCAACACUAUGAUGCAGCGUACAUCUUUAGGACACUGCGUCGUGCCAGGGCGUUCCAUUUCACAGCAAUGCCAAAAUUGCUAAACUACAGAACUAAGAAGAAGAUCCAGGAAAAUGAAUGUAAAGAAGAAUUUAAAGAUCCGAGUAACAGAGUAAGCAGCCUCAUCACCAAUGACGUAUUGGAGGAACUGAUGAAUAUUCACGAGCACUAUCAGAAAAUGAAAUGUGCCAUAUCAGCUGACAAAUCCCAGCCAGACAAGGCCCUGAGCUUGAUAAAAGAUGAAUUUGUAGUUUCUCUUAAAGACAUAGCUUUGGAACAUCAGGAAUGGCAGCAAAAAAGAUUGAAGUUGUUACUAAAAGCUAAGGAAGCUGAUGAAAUGCCAAACAGAGGGGAAGAAGGAACUUCGCUAAGAUCAGAAGGUUCUGAGAGAGCAGAUGCUUUGGCUAGAAUCAAACAAAAAUCUUAUUCCUCAGUUGUUGAGGUCUCCAAAUCCAGAAGACAUCGUCAAGUAAUAUUAGAAUCUUCCGAAUCAGGAUCAGAUUAUGGGAAAUCUCCAAGACGAAGGAAAAAAAACAGUAGGAGACCACAGCCAGCAGAGAAAAGAGGUUCUCUGGAAAUCAGAGGUCAGAUGCAAGCAGGAAAGGAAGCUGUUACUCACCGCAUUGGGAUGCCUGUAAUCAAAGAAGAGGAUAGCUCAGAUACAGAAGAAGUACCUCUCUCCAAGAGGAGAAGACGACGUUAGGAUCCAGUUGGAGAACACUAAUGUGAACUGCGGUGACGACAUGUAAAUGUCAGCUGUAACACAGAGAGCUUGUUUGGAUUCCUUUGAUGGUACAGCAGGAACUGGCUGGGACCAGAGCUACAGGUGACACUGGAAUACUGGAACUGACUGUUUUACUUUAACAGUCUCAUGGUACAGCACCCGGUGCCUUGAUUCCUGUGAGAAGUUGCUAUGCACUGUGUGAGAUGAGAAGAGAGAGAAGACGGUUCCUUCUUGUAUUUAGUUUAUAUAAUGCAAGUAAUUGCUUGGAACUUACAUUGACUUGCAAUGGCUUUCUAGUGGACGCUCUUGAAGGAACAGCUGUAUUUGUACAAUAAAUUCUUUAUGCAAUUAUAUUUAUCAAGGA